CGCGCGGACCUGAAGCGAGCCUCCUGCGCGCUCCGCAGGUUCCCUCUCAUCCGCGCAGCGCCGAAGUACAUAAACAGCCUCCCAUCCUUCUGCUCACAUUCACUGAAUGCUGUAUUUGACCUGAAAACCACGUUUUAGUAUCCGUGACGCGCUGAGUUGGAGGCUCCGGGACCGGAAUCGGCGCCCGGAACCCGCGCGCGCUCCGCGGGCGCUGCCGCGAGCCUGGAAGCGGUCCCUGUCGCAACGCGCGCCUCGCUCCCCGGAGUUUUGCAACUUUUCAACUAGAAAUGGUCGGCAGGUUGAACUUGCCGGAUGUAUGUGAAGAGGACGCGCUGGACAUGAGCGGCAGGGCGGAGAGAGGACUUGACAGCCCGGACUCGGGGUUGCCUCCGAGCCCGAGCCCCGGCGCCUGGCUGCUGCCUGCGUGCGCGGACAAAGCCGGAGGCGUGAGUCCGGGGUGCGAGGACGAGGGCCGGGGCUCCCUGGUUGUGGUUUUACCCACUGGAUCUGUGCCGCAGCUUCACCCCUUCUCCUUCGGGGAAGGCAUCGCCCUGGACCCCCUGCCGCCGAAGGAAAUCAGAUACACGUCCUCGCUGCAGUACGACUCCCACCGCCACUUCAUCCAGGACGUGGCGCUGCAGCCGUGCGGCCUGGGCCUCCGGCGCUGCAGGCAGACCAUCGUGGCCGUGCCCCACAGCACCUGGCGCCGCUACAAGACCCAGCUGGAGCUGGAGCCCCGGCACCGGCCGCAGCGCUUCCGGACCACCACCAUCAUCUACCCCAAGAAGACCAGCGCGUGCUUCACCACCGAGCUCAACUACGACUGCCGCCGCCUGUCCAAGCGCUUCCUGUCCAGUGUGGAGCUGGAGGCGACUGGCCACAGGAAACUACUUCAGUGAAGGGUGGGGGGGGGUAGUGUGAUCUGAUGCUGACUGCCACUGAGCUGGUGUGUUGUUUGUCACAGUUGUGCAUCCUGUUAUACCUGUCCCCACAGACGCGAUAUAGUAUCUCUCCUGUCAUAUUACAGAUAGCAGAGAUGACAAGACAAGUCCUGAAUGGAUGACAUAUCCAUUCAGUCCAUGUCUUGAUAUGUUUAUAUCCGAGCCAGUGGAUGACCUGUCACUCGGAACAGAUAUUUCAUGGAUGGAUUCCUCACAGGUUUCCACAGGCGUAAACAUAUUUGAUUUAUUUUAUUGACUGCAUAAUUGACUCGCUGACGGAGAUGAGCUUUUUCACGUCGUGUGAAGUAGCUCAGGGGUCCGGAUAGAAAAGUGUUAAGAAAAAGGCAUUUGAACUCAUCGCUAGUGUUUGGACGCACGCUGAGAAGUCACUAACUUGUCCACACUGUGUGAAGGAUGUGGUGCAAACACUUCACACGUUUUGUUUCUUCACAGGGUAUUGUGUACAGCCAGAACUUUCUGCACGUUAGCACGAACUAAGCUCUUCCCAGGCCUUUUUCUCUCUGACCAGCCUUUACGGCUGUGGUUUAUACUGUAUUAUGUAAGUGUGCUUUCAUCAAAACAACGUUCCUGUUCAUUGUGAUGUAUAAACUGAUAGAAGCAGGUAGCAUAAGUGGUUGUGAGUGUGGAGUUUACUGAAGAGUGGAUCAUACUUUUGAUGAGCUGCAUUCCACUGCUAUUACUUCCUUAUGUGUGAAGGUCUAUUUAUUUGGUUGAGGUUUUAUUGUCUGAGAUUUUAUAAGCUUAUUAACAGGUCUCUCCAUGAUCAUUGCUUAUACAGUCUUUAUGAUGCCCUUUGUGCCCUAUUGAUGUAUAUGUUGGUGCUUCUUUUUUAUGUUAAUCUCCCAUUCUGUGCCAGUUUUAAAUAAAGUGUUUAUUGGUUCAUUAA